AUGCCUAAGAACCCGCUCAAGAACUUUGCCCGUCGCAAAUCGUCUGGAAACAUCCUCGACCUUCCCUCGGAGUCCACAUCAACCGCACCCGCCUCGUCCAGCUUCCGCGUCCUCGAAAGACCCGACAAGGCAGCUACAGCGGGCAACGGCGGAUACCCUGGAGGUCCUGUGAAACGAACAAGCGGCGGGCGGCCAGGAUCGAGCAUCCUUUUGAACAGGAAGUCGGGCAAGUCGCAGGAAGACUUGAUCGCAAGCGCAAACAGGUUGGUACCCGACAAGAGCCAGAUUGGGCCACAUACCGUCAAUGGGGUGCUAAAAUUGGGCAGGGGUAGUGGCGGAACAGCCCUCUCGGGUUCUUCGGGCUACUUUGACAACUCGUCGUCCUCUGCACGCUACAGCUCUUCGUCUACUCUUCCCUCAUCAAUUGAGGCAGAACACGAAGCAGAAAACGAAGACCUGUUCCCUCGAAAGACAGCUGCCAACGGCAACAGCAACCUCAGCAGCAACCGAUCCUCGGCCGCAUCCAACGCACUUCCCGAGCCACCGUCGUUCUCGGCCCGCGCAGGCAGGGCUAUGUCCUUUGGUUUGAGAAGCAAGCAGAGCACCAGCCCCGGCAACAUGACUGCUACAACAGCUCACAUGCCCGACCUUCCCGAGAACAGCUUCAUCCGUGAUCGCGCAACAACAAUGAGCAGCAAUGCCAGCACUGCUGUGCCGCCGAGGCUCGAUGCCAACUUGGGUUCUAUGUCUGACUUUGGCAGCGACUUUGGCAUGAACAUGUUCGAAGGACUGAGCUCGCCCAGACAAGCUAAGAGCAAUGUAGCAGCGCCGCAACCUGCACAUGAGAACUACGGCAGAUCGGUACGUCGACAACAGUCACCAGGCUUCAGCAAUUACAACAACGCUUACCAACAACGCCCUUCUCAACAGGCAUCCCAGCCCUUGCCCACUCCUCCUGUUGCUCGUUUUGAGCCUACUCCUCUGACUGAGGCGCCCCUGCCAGCCGCCGAGCCCGAGAUCGAGCGCGACACUCGUCACAGGCCGACAAACCUGUCUGCCGCAUCAGCAAACCGUUACUCAUGGGCUAGCCGAACUUCUAAUGACGGACUAAUGUCUCCAGCUCUGGGGUCCGAAAUCUCUUCGCCUCCCCUCAACCCUCCUUCGACCUUCUCUCGAUUCAAGCCCGGAUAUCAACCUGUACCCGAUCGCUACGGCUCGCCUGCCGAUGAACUCGAACACGAGAGAUCAAACAGUUAUUCCAGCGAAGAUGAUGCUGCCCAUCCGAUCUCUAGAACGCGAUCGCCCCUUGUCGAAACCUUCACAGCACCCACUUCUCCGCAGAGAGCCACUCCGGCCGCCAGAAACCCCACCACAUAUCCAGCAGGCGAAUCUCAGCACGCAACUCCUCGCGCUAAUAAUCUGCGUCCCACGAGCAACACUUCAGAUGGCAAGUUUGACCACUCUCCCAAUGGUCCCACUAGCCGUGCCGUGCACCCAGCGGCCGCUCCGGUUGCCCCCAGAUCCCAGUCUGGACAGUUCUCGCCCACAAAGAGGAUGACAAGAAAAGAGUUUGAGGCCCAGCGCAAGGCAGUCAGUCCUGAAGAGAGUGAAGAAUCCGAAGAUUCUGAGGAGGAAGGUUACGACGACGAUGACGAGGCCGAACGUCAAGCAGAGCUUGCCCGCCAGAGACGCAAGCAGGAGGCCAACAUGUCUGUAUACAGACAGCAGAUGAAGAAGGUUGCGGGAGGUAACCCCUCCGAACUUGCUUCGCAAGCCGGUCGCCCAAGCCUGGAUCGUGCCUCCUACAGCGCACCUGGUCUGACUAGAGAUUUCUCCAACGUCAGUCUUGGUGCAGAGCAAGAGGAGGAGGAUGACGAGGUUCCUCUGGGUAUCCUUCAGGCUCACGGCUUCCCUAGCAGAAACCGUCCCCCGACACGCCUUGCUAGUGCUCCUCCUACCCCUGGAAGCGCUGGCUCUAUCGUCAAUGGCGGUAUGGGAGGAGGUAACCUUCCUGUCUUUGCUCGCAACCUCCCUGCAGACCCCUACUUUGGUGCCGGUCUCGUCAACCCUGCCAACCGCGAAUCCCUUGCUUUCGGCUCUGGCGGCUCAGUGUACGGUGGAGCCUCUCCUUCUAUGCACCAAUUGCCUCAGAUGCCUCAGAUGCCUCCUCAGCAGAUGCCAGGUAUGCCCCAAGCAGGAGGCGGUCUUGUUGGUGUCAUCGCUGGUGAGGAGCGUGCUCGCGCUGCUAGACGUGUCAACCACAAUGGCGGCCCUGCUUUCAACGCAAAUGGACUACCUCUUCCUGGAAACAUGAACAUGCCUCAGAUGAUGCCGCGAUCGAACUCGAUGAUGAGCAUGGCCGCACCGCAGAUGGGCAUGGGUGGCUUCAUGCCGCAAAUGCCUCAAAUGCCAAUGAUGGGCGCCGAUCAACAGAACACGCAGCAAAUGAUGCAACUGAUGGCGAUGCAGACCCAGAUGAUGCAGCAAAUGAUGGCGAUGCAGGGUGGUCAAAUGCCACAAAUGCAGAUGCCUCAAAUGCCUCAGCUGAGUCCUCAGCAGAAUGGCUUCCCAAACAUGCUGCCCAACGGAAUGCAAAGACCUAUGUCUAUGGGUGGUCCAAAUGGACAGCAACCUGGUAUGCUGGGUCCUCAGGGUCCUAUGCACCAGCAGCAAAGAUCGAGCACAAUGACCAACCUGAAGCCUCCGGGCUAUGCCGGAUCAAUGUACGACUACAGUCUCAGCGCNCCCCGUGGAGGCUACACUCCUUCAAUCGCACCUAGCGAGCGCAGCAACGUUGGCAUGCCAUCUCGCUAUCGUCCGGUGACUAUGGAAGGCUCCACUAGCCGCACUGCAAGCAUGACUUCGCAAUCUGGUCUUCAGAACUUUGCUAAGAAGAACGCCUCGACCGGUUCGUUCUUGAACCCCAACAACAUUCCUGCAAGCAAUGGCAGCAACGUACCGCGGACCACCAUCAAGGUCAUCGACAAACCUAAGGGCUCACCAAGAUCACCCCAACCCAGACCCGAUGAAGAGGACGACGAUGAAGGCUGGGCACAGCUGCGCAAGAAGCGAGAGGAGCGCAAGAAGCGAGGCACUGCCGGCGGCAAAUCCCAGGAGCAGACUCUGGAAGAGCUGUACCAGGGUUUCAACUAG